AUGCCCAUCACGGGAAGAGGUCCAUGUUUGAAGGAUGGACAAGAUGUCACCACAACCGCCGAGAGCGAGGUUCCCGAAUGGGCAAAGCCUCGCGGCAUGCAGCUGUCCCUGUCGACGAAUCCAGGACUCCAGUUCGCCGUUAUUCCUCUCACCCCGAAUUUGGGCUUGAACGACACAACCGGCGUGGUUAUUGAUGUCAUUCGGAUCAACGGCUACAUGACUGCGGCAGACCAGUCCAACUAUAACAAGAUCAACGAGACUUCCGACGUGGCGUAUCUAUCCUGCGACGAACCCAAAGACGAUUCAUACAUCCAGCCCGAAAAGAUGCUGUACCAAUUGAUGACCACCAAACCUCACAUCAGAGCCAUCGUGCUCUACUCCACAAGUUACACCUGGUGUUCAAUCAGCCAUACCGGUGAUCUCGAAUACACCAGCAUUCUGUCAAUGGCCGACGGCGGAGAGGCCAUGCAGGCGCUAAACUAUCUCAACCGCAGCCGCGAUGACAGUGUUAGAGUUUCCAUCACGGGCAAUACCACCGACGACAAUGCCCAGGCAGAUGAGGACUCAGGCAAGAACAAUAACGCAGUCGCUAUGAGUGUUCUGUACAGCAUUACCGGCCUCAUCACUGUCCUGUUUCUCGCUAUUAUCGCGACAGGCGCAAUAAGAGCCCAUCGAUACCCUGAAAGAUAUGGUCCGCGAGGAGCGCUUGGUGGCCGACCCCGUCAGAGCCGGGCCAAGGGCCUCGCCAGGGCUGUCCUCGAUACCAUCCCCAUUGUGAAAUUUGGGAACCAAACACCAGCAAAACCGGAUCCUGAACUAGAGCUAGAACCUACUGAAGGAACCGAUGGAGCAACGCAGCGGACCGCUUCGCGCCUAAGUGAGGCUCGGCGAUCUGAUGCAGCACCGGUAGUAGGCGCUGAUAACGAGCCUGUCUCGGCCGGGGCUAGAGCCGCAUCAUCACCCGAAGGUGCCGAGAACAAGGAUGAUGAUCAUCUGGGGUGCUCUAUCUGCACUGAAGACUUCAAGGUUGGCGAAGACGUCAGAGUCUUGCCCUGCCAGCAUCAGUUCCAUCCUGCAUGCAUCGACCCUUGGCUGAUCAACGUGUCCGGCACGUGCCCACUCUGCCGUUAUGAUCUACGCCCGGGCAAGGGCCACGAAGGUCAAAAUGAAGCUACUGGGGACACCAGUGCACUACCCCCGCCGCUUGCUCUCGAGGGUGCGGAGAAUGAUGCCCCUCUAGCAUCUCAUCGCAACCGGUUAUCACGGAUCUUUGACAUUAACCGGCUUCGAGAGGGGACGGUGGAGGAGCAGAUUGACGCACUACGGCAGAUGCGGGCGGAGACGAAUGAAGCUGAGCGGCAGCAGACAACAGAAGCCGUAGAUGGCGAGUCUCGAGGCCAAAGCGCACGAUUCGCAACCAAGCUAAAGGAGAGAUUCCGCAUCCGUACUCGCGCCCAGUCGGGUGAGGAUCGUGAUAGCCAGAGUUGAUUCCUCGAAGGGGUAGCAUGCACUCGGAGAUGGAGCGUGCCGAGUGAGGGGAUCUGAUCGCGUGGCCACAGAUAGCCACGCCUAAGAAACGUGACUGGAACGUGCAGCUGGCAGAUGAACUCGUGGAUGAUCGACAAUGAAAAUUGGAAGCCUCAGGUUUCCAUGGGGAAGGGAUAUUCAAGCAAGCAACCCCAGGUCAGAGAAGCACUUUAGGUUCGGCGUCGGGAUGGGCAGGGCAGGGGGGGAAGGCUCUUGAUUCUGGAUUGGACAAUUUGGCAAGCAUGGCACGGCGUUACAAGGGGAUACACGAAAUGAGGGUUUGCACUCGGCCGAGUGGCGAUCCCAAGCAUCAUGAUUGACGGUCAAAGCAGGAAACUGGUUUGAAAAAACAGUGUAGCAUGUACACGAUCACUUGAAUGAUAUACACUUACGCGGCGCCCU